UGAAUGAAAUUUUGGAGUCCGGAUACAAGAGUGAGAGUAAGAGAGAGAAAAGAAGAGAGAGAGAGAGAUAUCAUGGAGGUGUAAGAAACUGAGGUGUUAGCAUUUUCUGACCUAAAGCUUAUAUCUUUCUACUUUGUUGCAAGUUUGCAUCUUUCAUUUCAACUUCAUUCAAUACAACUCUUCAACUUCUGAUUCUACUUUAGAUCUAAACAUUCUGGAUAAACUUGCAAGGUGGAUUUGAUCUAGUUUGGGAGUUUUGAUGAACUGAGAUUAAUUUGCUAGUUAAGAGUUAUAUAUAUGCUUACAGUGGUUGGAUAUAAUCCAUCAGAAGUUUGCAGAAGAGAUACUUGCGAUAAUCCUGCAGAAUGUCAUUCCGUAGCAUAGUUCGUGAUGUUCGUGAUAGUUUCGGGAGCUUAUCUAGGCGUAGUUUUGAUGUCAAACUUACCGGUCAUCAUCAUAGAGGAAAAUCUCAUGGUUCGGUACAGGAUUUGCACGAUCAGCCUCUUGUAAUUCAAAAUAGUUGCUGGGCGAGCUUACCCCCAGAAUUACUUUUCGACGUCAUUCGACGGCUAGAGGAGAGUGAGAAUACGUGGCCUUCACGAAAGCAUGUAGUUGCUUGUGCUUCUGUUUGCCAGUCUUGGAGGAAUAUGUGCAAGGACAUCGUUAAGAGUCCUGAGUUCUGCGGCAAACUUACGUUCCCCGUGUCCCUGAAGCAGCCCGGGCCGCGAGAUGGAAUCAUUCAAUGCUUUAUCAAAAGAGAUAAAUCUAACUUAACAUACCACCUAUUCCUUUGUCUGAGCCCCGCUUUGUUAGUCGAAAAUGGAAAAUUCCUCCUCUCUGCUAAGAGGACAAGGAGAACAACCUACACUGAGUAUGUUAUUUCCAUGGAUGCUGACAACAUCUCCCGAUCAAGUAAUACUUACAUCGGAAAGCUUAGAUCAAACUUUCUCGGAACGAAAUUCAUUAUAUAUGACACACAGCCUCCCCACACUUCUGCCCAUAUAUGUCCACCGGGGAUUGGGAAGACGAGCCGCAGAUUUUCCAAAAAGGUAUCGCCUAAGGUCCCAUCCGGGAGUUACAACAUAGCUCAGGUAACAUAUGAACUGAACGUUCUCGGCACUCGAGGCCCAAGAAAGAUGCACUGCAUUAUGCAUUCAAUACCAAAUUCAGCACUUGAUGCCGGCGGAUCCGUUCCCGGACAGCCCGAGCUUAUUCCCCGUUCCCUGGAGGACUCAUUCCGUAGCAUCUCGUUUUCAAAGUCCCUAGAUCAUUCCAUCGAGUUCAGCAGUUCACGGUUUUCCGAGAUCGGAGGAUCAUGCAACGAGGACGACGACGGCAAGGCAAGACCCUUAGUUCUGAAAAACAAGCCUCCAAGAUGGCACGAACAACUCCAGUGCUGGUGCCUGAAUUUCCGGGGCCGAGUAACUGUCGCAUCUGUUAAAAACUUUCAGCUGAUCGCAUCCACCCAACCACCUGCUGGCGCGCCGACGCCAUCUCAACCAGCUCCAUCGGAACAUGAUAAGAUUAUUCUACAAUUCGGCAAAGUCGGGAAAGAUAUGUUCACCAUGGAUUAUCGGUAUCCGUUAUCCGCAUUCCAAGCUUUCGCGAUAUGCUUGAGCAGCUUUGACACCAAGCUGGCUUGUGAAUAAGUUAUAAUCAUGAAGUCUUUUUAAAGUGAACUAAUCAAACUUUUGUGAUGGUUAAAAUUCUCUUUAUUUUUAAAUCUCUUUGUCCUAUUCUUAUCACUAGUGUUAUGGGAUUAGGCCAUUGUUAUUGCUCAGAUUCUGCAUGACUAAAUUGUAACUGAUGAUGUAAUAGGGUUUAAACUUCAAAGCAUUUUUAACUUAAAAUGUUGUGUUUCUUUCUCA